CCGGAAUCGUCGUCGUCUUAAGCUGGAGAAUAUAUUUAAAUAAGUGGCCAUUUCCUGAAAAACUCUCUAGGCACAGAUUCGUAAAGAAUACUUCCUGAGUAGGUGGUGAGAAGUAUGCUUAUAUUGAAAGUUUUGUUGUAGGAUUUACUUGAUGUUCAAAUUUAAGCUUAAUUCUUAAAAUGUUUGUGCUACUAGCCAAAAACUUAAUCUCAUAUACAAGACUGGAGAUACUUAUUUAUCUAGCUUUGCCAUUGUUAAUGAUGCACUUAGUGGCUAUUCGAUGCAGAGGAGCUUCUGAAAAUAACAAACUGUGUUUUGCGCGCGAUGAUGGGACGCUUGGAGAUAAUGCGACGCUCAAUAGUCUAUAUAAUUCCCUGGGAAAUAUCGACAAGCCACCUCCAGUUAAGAAACUUUUAUUUCACACAAAUAAAGAUGAUGUGGCAGAUUCACUUAUACCAGCAUUGACAAAUAUAUUGAAACUCAAUGGUGUGAUUAAAAUUAAGAAGGAGGGUGAUAUGACCAAACAUCUAGUUAAUGGCAACUAUUUGGGCGGCGUAAUUUGGAAGGCUCAGGGACCUAACACUAAAGUAACCAUUCGAUUUCCCAGUGCCCUUCGAACUUGGCCCCCUAAUCUUUGGGAAACUGAUAAAAGAAAAAGAUCUUCGAAUCUUCCAACAUCCUAUUACCGCGAUGAAGGAUUCUUGCACAUAAUGAAUGCGAUUACCGCUUAUCUCAUUCAACCAGACUUGGCUAAAUCCGCUCAGGUUCCGGAUAGUGGCGUAACUCUCGAUUCACAACCAUUUAUUGAGUAUGAUGGAAAAGUAGAUAACAGAACUAUAGAUUUCAAUCUCAAUAAUAGGGAUCCAAUUAAAUGGAAGCGAGAAUUUAUUUUAAUUUUUUACCUUGGCCUUUUAUACAUUUAUCCUUUUAUCCGUUUAGUUAUGCACAUGAUGAGGGAAAAGACAAGACAGCAGGUGGAUUUAAUGAAUAUUGCUGGGUCAAAUCGGCUUCUUCACUAUAUAUCUUGGUUUAUAACUAGUUUUCUUAUAUUAUCUUUUAUAAGUUUAAUGACUACAUUUUUUCUUAAGGCGCCAUUCUGCGACAAUGGAAAUGUCUUAAACUGCACAGAUUUCACGGCUUUACUUUUUGUCUUCUUGAUAUGGUCCUUUUGUGGCAUUUGCUUCUGUUUCUUAGUUUAUAGUUUAGUUAAUAAUGUCAAAUUGGCUGCAUUAAUAGUGGCUUUCUUUUGUAUUCUAGCAUUUUUGCUUUUUGCGAUUCUUCGUAAGACAAUAUUAUCCCUCUGUAUAUUAUUUCAUUAUGGUUUUCUAACAAUCAUAAAACAAAUACUUUACUUAGAAUAUCAUGAUAAUACAGGGCUGCAGUGGGAGCAUAUGAGUGCUUAUAAAAAUCCUAGCUUGCCAAGCUUAAGUAAAGUAAAGAGCUUAAGUAAAGAGGAUUCACCUGUUAACAUUGGUGAAAUUUUGGGAAUAAUGAUCAUGGUAGCAAUAAUUAGUUUAAUAAUUGCUUUUGUGGCUGAGCUGAUUUGUCCGGGAAGGUAUGGAAUCUCGAUCUGCCGCAACAGACUUCCAGUUGGGCGACCGGAGGUCGACGACACCUCUAUGGUUGUUCGGGCUAAUAAUUUGGCAAAAUGGGAAUGGAGGCGACCGUGGAAGAGACCGCUCAGGAAUUUCAACAUGAACAUGUACGACGAUCAGAUAACAGUCCUAUUGGGUCCUUCCGAUUCCGGCAAAUCGUCGGCUGUAAAUUUACUCUCCCGCAGCCACUCCCCGGAUAUCGGAUCUGUGAAAAUAGAUAAUAUGGAUACUUGGAGUAGCCUGAAUAGAUCUACAUUGGGGCUAGCUCCCCAGCAUAAUGCCUUAUUCCCUAAUAUGACGGUACGGCAGCAUACAAACUUUUAUACCUCCUUGCGGAGGAGCGCUUGGAGAUUCAAUUUAAGGCGUCGCUCAACACCAAUGGAGAGUUAUUUAAGGGCCUUGGAUCUCUGGAACGUUAGGAACGUGAAAAGUCGCAGCUUAUCUCGGGCGGACAAAAAGAAGCUGGCGGUGGCCAAUGCCUUUGCCGGGAAUCCCCGCAUUAUUCUGCUCGACGAGCCCACCGAGGGCCUGGAGCCCUGUGAACGGAGAUUGGUCUGGAACUUGCUGCAGGCCGAGAAGCGAUGUCGCACCAUAAUUGUAGCCACUUACCAUAUAGACGAGGCCGAUACUCUGGCCGAUCGAGUGGGCAUUCUAUGCGAUGGGCAAUUGAUAUUCAAUGGAUCCUCUGUGUUUUUGAAAAAUUGCUACGGAUCGGGAUAUCAAUUGAUCUGCUCUCAGGGCGUUAUAUAUCAACAACCACGGAUAACUUCAUUAAUUUCGAAAUAUGUUCCCGACACUGUAGUCUCCUGUGACAAGGACUGCGAAAUGUCAUAUAAUAUUCCGCAAUCCAGCUGCUGUGGAAUUGUGCCUUUGCUGCAUGCUCUAGAGAGACCUGUUCAGUGCGUAAACAUAAAUACCCUUCAGAUCGGGACAACUCCCAUAGUAGAGAAAUAUGUGAACGCCAGUACAAUUACUGGUUGCGUUGGUAUAAGUUCUAGAUGCACUAAUGUGUGUAGAGUAUCUCAACCAGUUGGAUGUUUGUUGAGGGGAUGGAGACUAUGCUGUAAUCAGUGGAAAGCGAUGACACUGAAAAAGUUAUUUCACAUCAAGCACAAUUGCUUAUUGUUCUUUCUCCUACCCCUGUUACUAUCUAUGGCCUUUGCAGGCUUACUGGCUUAUUAUUUUUAUAAUAAGGAUCCUCACGUACCUAAGUACCAUAAUAUGGGUCAGAGGAAAUGGGUGAAGCAAGACAAAAUGAAAUUGGAUUUGGAUUCAUAUGACCCCCCGUGUUUUUAUGCUAUAGUAACAAACACAGGCUACGAUCAUCCUCUGAUUGAGCUUGUAUACCAGACAAAUAGACCCAAAGGUUGCAAAGUAGAAUACAUAACCGACGCAGAGUUAAUGCUUCGGACAGUCCAAAAUGAGAAACAUAUCUAUGCUAUUAGGAUGAGAUUUUGCAAGUAUGAAACAUUUUAUAGCCGUAAAUGGAUACAUUCGGAGGGAGUUGCAGCUGCAAUGGUAGCAUUUUUGGCAUACAACAAGUUACUGGAUAAAUUUUGUCUAAAUCUUAACCUGGACCCACCUAUUCCCAAAGGAAAAAUAGAAUUUUACAAUCAUCCAUACCCAUCACUGCAAGAUAACAAAAACUCUACAGCAUAUAAAGCAGAGUGUUUGGAGAGUGAUUUUCUAUAUUUAUUACUUUUAGCUUUAAGUAUUUUCAGUGGAUUUUUCUUUUCUUAUAUAGUAAGAGAACGCAUUCUUGGAUUUAAGCUAUUGCAAAAAGUGCAGGGGAUUAAUAUGGCAACAUUCUGGCUAGCUCAUUUGCUCUGGGACUGGCUGUUUCUUACAUUGUUUGCAGCAAUCUUGGUUGCUCUAAUGAGUAUAAUACUUAAAAAAGGCUUUUCUGAUAUAAUGGUUGCCUACUUCAUUGGCUUGAUGUUUUUAAUCUGGCUCAGCUGCCCUUUCUGUAUCUAUUUAUGCAACUCUGCAGAUGCACAAUGUUUGGAUGGAUUAUUCCCAUAGUUCUACUUGUUAUCUCGGCCAUACUAUAUGAGGUUGGUGUCCCGGAUUUCCCCUUGGGCAUACUAUAUCUUUUACCCGUUUAUAC